GGGAUUGGGAGUGAGCGGAAGGAGACGGUCGCGUAUCUUGGGUGAGUUGUGUUUUGUUUUGUUUGUUUGGUGUUUGUGUACUGAUUUGUCUUCCAGUAUCAACGAUGUGCGCUACUCGGUUGUUAUCCUGGCGUUGAUGAAGGCCAGCCGCAAGGUGAGUAACGGGUUGGAGAGCAGGGAUUUGUUUGGAUUGUGCGAGGUAUUGACAGACUGGUCCAGGCACUGCUCCCCUCGCUGCGCAACUCGGACGAAGGACAGAUCAACCUGCUCGAGCGCACCGACUGCCACGCCUUCUUCUACACCGAAGGCGUCGAGAAGCACCUGCAGCCGUUCCGGGCGGCGGCGAACAUGCGCGGGUACCAGAUCCCGACGUUUGAGGAGAUGAUGGCCGAGGGCGCGCGCGGGGCAUACCACACACGCGCGACGGCCAAGUACUCGGAGGCGGAGCAGGUGCUGGUGCUGCACACGUCGGGCAGCACGGGCUUGCCCAAGCCCAUCUACAUCACCAACGGCUGGCUGGCCACGCUCGACCACCAAAAGUACCAGGACGCGCCGCGCGGCCGCCAAAACACGCUCGCGACGUACAUGGCCGACGACAAGCCGCUGUUCACCAUGCUGCCCUUCUUCCACACCAUGGGCAUCAUCACCAUCCUCAAGUCCAUCUUCUCGGGGCCGCUGAUCCUGCCGCGGCCGGGCAAGCUGCCGACGGCCGACAUGGCGGCGGAUAUUCUGCUGGCGAAGAAGCCGUGGUCCGGCCUGUUUGCGCCGUCGAUCCUCGAGGACAUGAGCGAGACGCAAAAGGGCCUGGAUGCGCUGGCGCAGGUCGAGUACGCCUUCUUUGCGGGCGCGCCGCUGGCCAAGGAGGCGGGCGAGAAGGUCAACGCCGUGACGCGCGUGACGUCGAUGAUUGGCUCGACCGAGGCGUGCUUCAUCUCCAGCCUGAUCAACACGGACCGCGCCGACUGGCAGUACUUCGAGUGGUCGCCGUACUCGGGCGUGGUCAUGGAAGACGCGGGCGAGGGCGAGGGCCUGUGUGAGUGCGUCAUCAAGCCCUACGUCAACCCCACCUACCUCGGCGUUUUCUACACCUUCCCCGGCACCCACGAGUGGCGCACCAAGGACCUCUUCGAGCCGCACCCCACCAAGCCGGGCCUCUGGCGCUACCGCGGCCGCAGGGACGACGUCCUCGUGCUCAGCAACGGCGAGAAGUUCAACCCCGUCACCUUUGAAAAGACGGUCGAGGAGCACGCGCUGGUCAAGGGCGCGCUGGUCGUGGGCCAGAGCCGCUUCCAGCCCGCCAUGCUCGUCGAGCCCGAGUGGACCAAGGCCGCCACCACGGCCGACCUGCACCAGCUGCUCGACGACGUGUGGCCCGCCGUCGAAAAGGCCAACCGCGACGCCCCCGCCCACGCCCAGGUGUGGAAGAACAAAAUCGCCUUCACCAAGCCCGAGAAGCCCUUCAACCGCGCCGCCAAGGGCUCCAUCCAGCGCCGCGCCACCGUCGCCCUGUACGCCGCCGAGAUCGACGCCCUGUACCUGAACGAGGGCCAGGGCUUCAGCGAGCAGCUGGGCGCCUUCAGCAAGGACUUUGACCUCGACGCCAUGAAGGCGUUCCUGCGCAACGCGUUCAAGCUGAUCCUGCCCAGCUACGCCGCGCACAGCGAGGGCAAAGCAGCGGACGCGCUCGACGCCGCUGACAUCUUUGACCUAGGCGCCGACUCGUUGCAGGUGAUGGCGCUGGCGAGCGCGCUCAGCUCGGCUAUAAAAUCCGAUCGCGGCGCCGGCAGCCGCGACGCGGCGCUCGUGCCGCGCGACGUCUACGCCGCCCCGACCGUGGACAAACUCGCUAAGGCGCUGCUGGCGAAACUGCACGAGACGGACGCCGGUGCCGCAGUGCCCGAAGUCCCCCGCGAGCAGAAGAUGGCCGAGAUGGUGCACAAGUACACGGAGACGCUGCCGGCGACCAUGGGCCAGGCGCCCGCGGCGCCAAUGCCGUCCUCGCACACGUUCGUGCUGACGGGCUCGACGGGCGCGCUGGGCAACUUCAUCCUGCGCGACCUGAUCAACAGCGCCGCCGUCGCGAAAGUGUACUGCCUGAACCGGUCCGACGGGGCCGAGGCGCGGCAAGCCAAGUCGUUCGCCGAGCGCGGCGAAACCGCAGACUUCAGCAAAGUGACGUUCCUGCGCACCGACUUCAGCCUGCCGCUGUUCGGGCUGCCGCAGGAGACGUACGACACGCUGGUAAAGGAAGCCACGGCCUUCAUCCACAACGCGUGGGCCGUCGACUUCAACCACACGCUCGAGUCGUACGAGCCGACACACAUCGCCGGGACGCGGCGCGUAGUGGACUUCUCUCUGCAGUCGGCGCACCGGGCGCACAUCUUCUUCGUCUCCUCCGUCGCCUCGGUCGGGAACUACCCCUCCCUGCGGAGCCCCUCGGACCCCCCGGCCGUGCCCGAGCGCUUCUUCCCCGACGACCGCACGCCCCUGCCCCAGGGGUACGGCGAGAGCAAGCACGUGGCGGGGCGCAUUUUGGCCGCUGCGGCGGCUGCCGGCGUGCCGGCCAAUAUCGUGCGCUGCGGGCAGCUGGGCGGCCCGCGGGGGAAGGGCGUCUGGAACCGCCACGAGUGGCUGCCGAGCCUGGUGCACUCGGCCAAGAACAUGGGCAUGGUGCCGAUGAAUCUGGGGAACCAGGACGCGGUCGACUGGGUGCCGAUUGACGAGGCGGGGCGGACGGUUACGGAGAUCGCGUUCGCGCGGCUGGCGAGGCACGCACAGCUGUUUGGCCCUACGGCGGCUGAGGGAGAGAGCCUGCUCGACGUCUUCCACGUGCAGAACCCGCACCCGGUGCCCUGGCAGACGCUGGUGCCAGUCCUACAGGCCUUCUACGCCCAACAAAACAUCAGCAUACAAGCCGUGCCGUUCGAAACCUGGCUGCAGGCGCUGCGGGCCACGCCGCUGACGAAGGACGAGGUCGAGCGCAAGCCGGGCGUCAAGCUGGUGGAUUUCUAUGCCGGCUUGCAGCUCGAGGGCGGCGCGUUGCCGGCGAUGCAGACGGGGCGGACGUGCGAGGCGAGUGCGUGUUUGAAGGGCUUGAAGGAGGUGGAUGGGAAGCUGUUUGAGACGUGGUGCGGGCAGUGGGGUUUCUAAGGGGGCGUGUUGAUGGUGGGGGAGAGGGAGGGAGGUAAUAGGGAGAGGGGAAGGAGGAAAGAAGGAAAGGGAUAGAGCGAGCUUACUCAUAUGCUCACAUACUUCGACAUAGAUAUAGACGGCUUGGUCGGAGCCUAAAGGCGGCGUUUCGGAUCUUUGCUCCUUGAAUAAUUGAGAAGAUGUUAAAAUUUUAAUUUA